UACCUGCACUGCUUCAGUCGAACAGCAGCAACGUCUCGCUUGUUGGAGGGACAGAAGGCGGAGCUCGUGCCCGGUGGAUUUACGUGCGCGCUCUCGACGGUUUUUUUCCUUUGCGGAACAGGUUCGACAGGACACACCUGCGACAGGAACACUAGAGCUUUGUUGGAAACGACGCUCCCCUUUACUUCAUCUUUGACUCCAGCGGAAGACGGACGUGAGGAGCUCGAGAGGGAAACUUUUUCUGGACUUCUUCAUCAUGAAUGUGUGGAUUUUUGCACUUUUUGCUGCCUUAGUGGCAGUGGGAGAAUCGGAUGACCCCUGUUUGUGUGCCACUAUGAAGUGGGCCAGUUGUGGGCCUACUGGUACUCCGGGAUCGUGCCAGUGUAACAUUACAUUGGCAGAAAAAACUGACCAACCCAUAAACUGCAAAGCAUUGGUCCCGAAGUGCUUCUUGAUGAAGACAGAAAUGUACAGAAGGUCAAAAAACCAGGACACCCGCUCUGUGGGGAAGCCAACCGAAGGGUUCGUGGACAAUGAUGGCAUCUAUGACCCAGACUGCGAGGCCGACGGUACAUUCAAGGCCAAGCAGUGCAACAAAACAGAGGAGUGUUGGUGCGUCAACAGCGCUGGUGUGCGCCGCACAGAAAAGGAAGACAUGAACAUAAAGUGUGAAAAGUUGGUGGAGACCUACUGGAUCCGUCUAAUUCUGGAUCAUGGACCUGUGGAGUCAUCGUCGUUGAAUAAAGACUCGUUGAAGACCGCUCUUGGCGAUGCCAUUCAAGAACGCUACAUGCUUGACAAGAGUUUUGUCAAGGAGGUUGAGUAUGAUGCUGAUGCCAAAAAGAUCCAGGUGGACAUGAAGAAAGACAUGACUGACCGACAAACUAAACUGGCUGAUGUGGCUUACUACAUGGAAAAAGAUAUAAAGAAGAGUCCACUAUUUAAGAACCUGGCCAAGUUUUCUCCUAAGGUGGGCACCACUACGCUGGACUUCACCAACAUCCUGGUGUACUAUGUGGAUGCGGAGCCCCCAACGUUCAAAAUGAACCGCUUGGCGGGAGGUGUCAUCGCCGCCAUCGUGGUUGUGUUGCUGAUUGUGGCUGCCGGCUUGCUGCUUCUGUUCUUCUGGAAUCGUCAGCGCAAAGAGAAGUACUCCAAAACACGGCAGACUGACGGGGAGACGGCAAACAAUUAAAACAGAUGGCGCUUGGAGUUCCUCUUGGACUUUGUUUUUGUUUUGUUUUUUUUCCCAUAAGUGGAAUUUUACCAAAUCAUGUUUCACUUGAAACUGAUGUUUUAGGAAGCUCCAGCUUUUUAUUUGUGGCACCUCAAGUACCACCAUCUGUAUUUAUGUACUAAACAUUGCCUACUAUAAAUGCCCUGAAUUUUUUUUCUUUCUCCCCUAUAAACUGUCAUUUUCUUUUUGAACAUGUUUUAGAUUGUACAGUGUUGUUUGCAUUUGUUUUUAAUAAAAUUUGUUGGGGUUGUGUAUAAACUUU